UCUUUUAAAGGUUUUUUUUUUUCUUUUCUUUUUUUUUUUUUUUUCCCCCUCAUCUAUUUACCAUUUACCAGCUCAUCCAUAUGGAAGACGUGGCUUACACUUCCUGGAGAACUGUACUUUUAGGACUAAUUGAUUCUGGUAAUUAAUUUGUUCUACCUGCUGGAUCAGAUGGAAACGCUGUCCGUGUGCCCAAGGAUUAGCACUUGCCUUUCUAACAUCUUUCUUAAUUAUCUAAUAGCAUGGGUUGUGCGAAUUCUGGCUCUAUUAGAACACUUUUACUAUUAACGGUAGUGAUUGGAAUUGUGAUGACAACUCGAUUUCAACAAAUUAGAGCUUAAAAUCAGGAGAUGAAGGAGAAGUGCCUUCUUUUAAUUUCCCCGAGUUUAACAUCAAUAAUUAGAGCAAUUUUCUGAGAUGCGAAGCGAAAUUAUCUCGGCUAUGAUGUGGUGUAUCACCCUCAUUUUAGCAAAUUGACUCCGGGGAAAUGAAUGUUACAGAUUAGGGGGGGGAAAACACAAACAGAGGAAAGACCGAGGGGGGCGGGAGGGGGGGCGGGGGGAUGUUGGCAGAACACGGAGUGGGGAAUGGAUGGGAACAAAACCCGCCGGGGUAACAAGUGGAACAACACACGUUGUGUGCGUGGGGACCGGUUAGGAGCGGAGCAGGGCACAGGUCGGGAAAGCGCAACUCAUUGAUUAUUUUUUUCCCCUUAAGUUUUGGCGUUUAAAGACAAACGGAGAACAAAACCAAAAGCUUUCGGAAGCCGCCCCCGGCCCGGCGCUGGGGAAGGGGCUGAUGAGGGUGGAGGAAAACUGCUCGGAAGCGGAGCGAUUCCGCGUUCCCUCCGCGCCGCCCCCGCCCGCCCGUUUCGCCAUUGGCUCUCGAAGCGCUCCCGGCCCCGCGCCUCAAAGCCGCGCAUCGCCCCGCGCAUCCCGCAGCUCCGCGUCCCCCGGCUCUCCCCGUUAUCCCUUCUGUCUGGGGGAAUCUUUUUUCAUUUUUAUUUUUUUUAUGUCCCUUCUUAUUGUUAAUAUCGCUUUAUUAUUAUUAUUUAUUAGCGCUCUUAUUUAUCGUUCCUCUUAUUUCCCUUUCCAUCUCCUCUCCCUGGACGCGCAGCCGGCCGUCUUUUCUCCUCCGGCCCCCAGCCCCGCUCGUUCCGUUCCCCGCAAUCCGACGCGGGUCUCUCCGAGAUGAACCUCAACUUCACCUCUCCGGUUCACCCGGUCCCCGCUCCCCGACCCACCUCCUUCUUCAUCGAGGACAUCCUGCUGCACAAGCCCAAGCCCUUGCGGGAGGUUCCACCCGAGCACUUCGCCGGUUCCUUGGCCUCCCGCGUCCCGCUCUUGGACUAUGGGUACCCCCUGAUGCCCGCCCCGACGCUGCUGGCUCCACACCCGCACCCGGCCCUGCACAAACCGGAGCACCACCACCAUCACCACCCCUACUUCCUCACCACCUCGGGAGUGCCGGUGCCGGCUCUAUUCCCUCACCACGCUCACGCCGAGCUGCCCGGCAAGCACUGCCGCCGUCGCAAAGCCCGCACCGUCUUCUCCGACUCGCAGCUCUCCGGUUUGGAGAAACGCUUCGAGAUCCAGCGUUAUCUCUCCACGCCAGAACGGGUGGAGUUGGCCACGGCGCUCAGCCUCUCCGAGACGCAGGUGAAAACCUGGUUCCAGAACCGGCGGAUGAAACACAAAAAACAGCUGCGGAAAAGCCAGGACGAUCCAAAGCACGAGGAGAACCGCGAGCAAAGCUCCCCCGAGCCCGAGCUCCCAGAGCCGCCCGCAGCCGAGCCCCGAAAAGUCCCCCCCGGCCCCUUUCUGCUGCAGGACCCCGAGGACGAGGUGGACAUCCUGGAGGACGGGGAUAUCCUCGCCGCCCCACACCGCCUUUAGGAUCCCUUAGGGCGGCGUUGCGCCUCCCUACAGCUCUCCCCCAGCUCCGCGUGCUGCGGGGUGCCGAGGUUUGGUGUUGGUACGGAGGGAAACAGAAACCCCCGGGCUCCUUUUGCCUCUUUGGCUUCAUCCCAGCGUUACCCCAAGCCUGAACUUUGCUUGGAAAUCCAGCGAGGGAGAGCCUAACAAAAAUCAAUAAAACCAAACCAACCAACGAGCAGUUCCCUGUAAGUUCUCCCUUCCCUUUGAAACAUCGGACUUUUCUCUAUUCCCUCAAGUCCCCUCGGUUUUAAAUAAAGGUGUUCCGUGGC